AUGCCUGACAUCAUCCUCAUGCUUCUCCCCCAGACCUUCAUCGACAUGGAGGGCUCUGGUUUUGGUGGUGACCUGGAGAGCCUGCGGGUGGCUGGGCAGACGGGGCCCAAAGGAGAGCGGGGUGACAUGGGCGAUCUCGGCCUCCCCGGUGCACCGGGACCCAAGGGCAACAAGGGGGAAACGGGACCAGCAGGACCCCCAGGAGAAAUGGGCUUAGCUGGCCUUCCCGGGCCCAUUGGACCCCGAGGGCAGCCAGGACCCCCUGGACCCCCAGGGCCCCCUGGGCCGGGCUACGAGGCUGGAUUUGGUGACAUGGAGGGCUCGGGGCUGUCGGUCACUGCUGGCUCCCCCGGACCACCUGGACCCGAAGGAUCACAGGGGGUGCCAGGACUGCCAGGGGUGAAGGGGGAGGUCGGGAGCCCCGGGCAGCCUGGUUUGCCAGGACCAAAGGGAGAUGCUGGCAUGCCUGGCGUGGAUGGCCGCCCUGGCCUGGAGGGCUUCCCCGGCCCACAGGGACCCAAAGGUGACAGAGGCAGCCCCGGCGAGAAGGGCGAGCGAGGCCAAGAUGGUGUGGGGCUGCCCGGCCCCCCUGGUCCACCUGGUCCCCCUGGACAGGUCAUCACUGUCUCAAGCGAAGAUAAAUCUUUGGCGGCUUUGCCUGGUCCAGAGGGCAGGCCAGGUCACGCCGGCUUCCCGGGACCAAUGGGACCAAAAGGAGACCGGGGGUCAUCUGGUCCCCAGGGCUCCCCAGGGUUGAAGGGGGAGAAGGGGGAGCCCGGCGUCAUCAUCAGCCCCGAUGGGACCGUAGUCACUGCGAAAGUGAAAGGAGAAAAGGGGGAGCCGGGGCUGCAGGGACCAAUGGGACCCUCGGGUCCCCAGGGACGAGCAGGGAUGAAGGGAGAGAUCGGCUUUCCGGGCAGACCCGGACGUCCUGGCAUGAACGGGCUGAAGGGUGAGAAGGGUGACCCUGCGGAUAUCAGUAGCGUGCUGGGCUUGCGGGGUCCCCCAGGACCCCCAGGUCCCCCAGGACCCCCUGGGCCACCUGGCAGCAUAGUCUAUGACAACAGCAAUACCUUCAGUGACUCCGGCCAUCCCGCGCUACCAGCCUUCCCUGGUUUCCACCAGAUUCCAGGACAAAAGGGAGAGAAAGGCGAUGCCGGAGCCCCGGGACCUCCAGGCCACUUCCCCUACGACCCAAGUCAAUUCUGUGCCAUCCCGCAGGGUGACAAGGGCGAUGCAGGUCCCAAGGGUGAAAAGGGCGAGCCAGGCAGCACCCCGCUUUAUGGUCCCAGCCUCUCUGGGCUGCCAGGGCCUCCGGGGCCCCAGGGCUACCCCGGGCUGCCAGGCCCGCCAGGUAUCGGAUAUGAGGGGCGGCAGGGCCCUCCUGGCCCUCCCGGCCCCCCUGGUCCACCCUCCUUCCCAGGUCCCCACAGGCAAGCUAUCAGCAUCCCUGGACCCCCUGGACCACCGGGACCCCCCGGACCACCAGGCACCAGCGGGAUGUCCUUGGGG